AUGCCCCGGCGUCUGUUCUCUUCCGCGGCGCUACUGCCGCUUCUUAUUUGCGUGCUGUUGAUGUGCGGCAGUGGCGCUGAGGCCAACGCGAAUGAGGGGGGCACGCCGAAAACGGUUGUUCUCUUUGCCGCAGGAGUGACGGAACUGGCCGAUCCGGCGUCUCCCAGUAAAAAGCAGAAGUUUGAGUCGUUCUCUGCGCCUUCUCUGGUUUACGUGGAUGGCGUGGUUGUGGCCUUUGCCGAGGCGCACUACACAAAUUCCACGGAAAAAAGCCGUACGUCGGCGUUGCCGCGAGGUGGAAGAAGGCCGACGCAGCGUCGUGGGCGGAGGGGAGCGCCGUAG